AGUGUCGAACGUGGAUUCGUGACGAGCGGUGGGCAGAAGCGACGAGCUUGACGAGCCAGUUUAUUUGCAACACACACACACAACACACAAAAACACACACAUCAACACCCAAAAAGUGCACAAAGUGAAGUAAUAAACCAACAAGAAGUGAGAAACAAAAAAAACCAAAAACGAAACAACUAGCCAUCAAGUGUUGGGAAGUGUGUAAAUUGUUCGACGAUUUGAAUAUCAUUGAGAAAACGCAAUGCGUCUCGACACGAACUCAAAUGUGGACUUCAAAGCGUUCGACUCCAGCUCCAGUUCCAGCACCAGCUCAUGUCUUGUCAAAUUGGAUAAUUUGGCCACUUGGGGUGGCUCACAGAAGACGGACACACGGCUGCCCUUAACGGAUUAUUCCACACUCGGCGGGCCGCGGCACAAUUGCAGUCCCUUUCCCCUGUCCAAAGAUGUCAACAAUCGCCUGGUGAUUUGGGAUGGCGACAUGACCACACUGGAGGUGGACGCCAUCACGAACAGCAGCGAUGAAACCCUGACUGAAAGCAAUUGCAUAUCGGAGCGCAUUAUUGCCGUUGCGGGCAAUCAGCUCAAAGAGGAGCUCAGCACAACUGUAAAGGAGUGCCGCAUUGGUGAUGUGCGCGUUACGCGUGGAUACAAUCUGCCAGCCAAGUAUGUUCUGCACACUGUUGCACCCGCCUACAAGGAGAAGCUGAAGACGGCCGCCGAGAAUGCGUUGCACUGCUGUUACAGAAACGUUCUCUGCAAGGCCAAGGAGCUGAAUCUGCGCACAAUUGCCGUGUGCAAUGUGAGUGGCAAUCAGAAGACAUUUCCAGCCGAUGUAGCCGCGCACAUUGCCCUGCGCACCAUUCGUCGCUUUCUGGACAAGUUUACACAGCAGGUUGUGAUACUGUGCGUCAACAGCAGCGAGCGUGGCACCUACGAGGUGCUGGCGCCGCUCUAUUUCCCACGCGAUCAGCUCGAGGAGCGCAGUGCGCUGUGGCAGCUGCCCAAGGAUACCGGUGGCGAGUUGGGCGAACCUCAGCAUCCCGAUCCGGAUCGGCAGAUACGGAUCAUACGCAAUCCGCAGCACAGUCACAGUGUGCACAUGCGUCAUCGACACGCUGACGACGAUUCAGACGUGAGUCCACACGAUAUGGAGGGCAACAGCUCAGAUCUGGAGUAUGGCGGCCGGGAUAUGAAUGGCCUCAGCCUCAAUUCCUACAGCAGCGGACUGCAGGCACAGCUACAGCUCGAUCUGGACAGGCAGCAUUUGCUGAGCGAUCGGCCAAGAGCUGGCGUCUACGAGAGCGUCGUUGCCGAGGGCAUUGAGGGCAUGGAGCAUCAAGAGCGAUAUGAACGCCUUCUGCAGCGCGCACAGGUUGAGGAUCUGAAUGAGGUAUCUGGAAUCGGUUGUCUAUAUCAGAGCGGCGUGGAUCGUCUGGGCAGACCUGUGAUUGUAUUCUGUGGCAAAUGGUUUCCAGCGCAGAAUAUUGAUUUGGAAAAGGCACUGUUGUAUCUGAUAAAGCUGCUGGAUCCAAUUGUCAAAGGCGAUUAUGUCAUCGCAUACUUCCACACACUCACAUCCACAAACAACUAUCCAUCGUUGCAUUGGCUGCGUGAGGUCUACAGUGUCUUGCCAUAUAAAUACAAGAAGAAUCUGAAGGCCUUCUACAUAGUGCAUCCCACGUUCUGGACUAAAAUGAUGACCUGGUGGUUCACCACAUUCAUGGCGCCAGCCAUCAAAGCCAAGGUGCACUCGCUGCCCGGCGUGGAGCACUUGUAUUCGGCCAUCACAAAGGAUCAGUUGGAAAUACCCGCCUACAUUACCGAAUACGAUAUGGCGACCAAUGGCCUGCAUUAUUUUAAUCCAGUGCCGACUGCUUCGUAGAUGGCGGCCAUUGUGGCUGUUUAGACAGCUGUAUCCACCAAGCAUACAUAUACACACACCUAAACAUACACAUUAAUACACACAAAUAUACACACUCAAACGUAUAAUGCAAUUUUUUAUGAAUUUUAUAGAAUUGUACUAUUGUUUUCUUUACUAAUGAUAAGAGCAUUUUUUUGUUGUAUUGUUGAAUUAGAUUUUUGUGUAGGUUUAAAUUUGCAACUAACCAAAUGGAACGCGAGCUGAUCAUGUGUAGAACUAGAAGAUAUACUACUACUAUAUAUAUAUAUAUAUAUAUAUAUAGUGUAACCCGAUAAAGCAAGAACAAGAGAAACACGCAACCUGAUAGCUAAAUUAAAAUGUAACCCCAAUAAAAACUAAUACUACAUGUAAAACAUUCUUAUGAAGUGCAUGAAAUUAAUAAGCUAUACAAUUUUGUUAAUUUGCAACAAAAUUGAAACAAAAUUGAUUAAAUUAAUGAAAUUAGCAAUCGUUAUUUGGCGAAUUGAGGAGCUACAAAGCAAAGCCAGCAAGCUGAACAAAAUGAUAAUUCGAUUAUAGAACCUGAAACAUUGUUGUAGUUAAAAAAAGAAAAAAUUUAAGAAAAUAAUUGUAUCUCUGAGAUGUACUUAUCUACAUAUAGUGCAUAUGUUAUACCCAUAACUGAAUUGUCGGCUGAGAAGCGUAUGAAAGCGAUGAAAGCGAUGAAAGCGAUGAAAGCGAGCCCCACUAACAAAACAAAUACGUACAUACUAUAAAUUCAAUUGUAAUUAUACAAAAC